GAACUAAAUAUUGGUACAAUGGCUGCCACUUACGGGUCGGGCGGUUCCAGCCCCCCUGUAAUCGGCAGGCCUGUCGAACGUGUUUUCGAAGAGGCACAAACGACGGGCGAGAUAAAUUUGAGUGGAAGGAAAUUAAAGGACUACCCGCGUAAAAGUCCGAAAUAUGAUUUAGCAGACACUAUUGCAGCAGAUUUAUCCAAGAAUCGUUUGCAGGAAUUCCCACAGGAAAUAUGUGAAUAUAGUUCUAUAGAGAAGAUUAACUGUUAUCAUAAUUGUAUAAAGUCCAUUCCAGAAACAAUCAUCCAUUUACAACAAUUGACACACUUAAAUCUCAGUCGUAAUCAGUUAACAGUUUUACCGUCGUAUAUUGGUGGCCUGAUUUCUUUAGAAGUAUUAAUAGCAGCCAAUAAUAAACUAGUAUCUUUACCAGAGGAAAUUGGCAUGUUAGAAAAACUCAUGGAACUUGAUGUUAGUUGUAAUGAAAUUUCCCAUCUUCCUCUACAACUUGGUGAUUUAUCCUCAUUAAGAAGUUUAAAUGUUCGACGCAAUUUUCUAGUCGAGUUACCUCUAGGUGGGUAGAAAUUCAGCCUUCGAUUCAAAUACAGAAUUGACUAUUUCAAGCAGUAACUUGCAUCAAUGUCGUCAUUGUGGAUUUAAACAAUCAUAAUUAUUAACUUAAAGUUCUGAAGAGAAUUUAAAAAAAAAAAACAUGAGCAUUGAAUUUUCUGAUUGCUUUCAAAUAUUUUAUCAAAUACAAUAAUUAUUACCAGUAUUUAGUUUAUGAAUUUCUUUUUAAUUAUACUGAGAUAUAGAUUUCCUUAAAGUUGCAAUUGCAAAUUUUCAAGUUGUAUUUUUAAAAUGUAUUAAAAUAAAGCCUUAAAAUAGAUGGUAUCCAUAAACAGUCCUACCUUGUUAAAGAAUAAUCCUGUUAAUCCUAUAAUUCGCUAUUGCCAGCUGAGAAAUUGGCAAAAAUAUCAUUUUUAACUUCAAAUUCCAACGUUGGAAAAUGGCUGCCCCAUGUUGUCAAUAGCAAAACAGGGGAGGUAAUUUUGUUAUUUCCUGCGUCAUAGAUUUUUAAGGGUGGGAAAUAAUGCCCAUGAUCGUAUAAUAGUGAUUUGAUAACCUAUUGAGCAAAAGACAUAGAAAUAAUUAUGUUUUGACUUUCUUAGAAAAUUUGAAAUUCUCGCUUUAAAGAUACAUUAUGGGAUAUUAGAUAAAGAGUGGCCUAGCCUCGAUUAUCAUUACUAAAGUCGGUACGAUAAAAACAUAGUCUUGAUUAUCCAUUUCAUGAUUAAAUCAUGAGUGAAAGUUGAGCAGCAAAAUGGAUCGUAAUCCAGUAAAUAUUGUAGACUAGCAUUGACGUUGAGAGUUAAUGAUGGUCUGGAUACAU